AGUGUGGAGCACAAAUGGUUAAAACAAGCUCCCACAUCUGGACAUAGUUUAGGGCAGAAGGAAGUGAGAGUGAACGCAGAAAUAUUCCUUCUCACAACAGCUGUCUUUAAGAAAGAGGGACUGUGUCACACUCAACCUCAGCGAUGACUCUUCUGUUACUUCUAAUCAUUUUUCUUCUGCCAGGUAGUCACUGCACAGUGAGCACUGUAGGAGAUGUGUCUGUGCUGGAGGGUGGGUCCAUCACUGUCCCGUGUCACUAUAACCCGCAGUACAUCAGUCACGUGAAGUACUGGUGUCAGGGCCGGAUGAGGGAGUUCUGCACGAGCCUCGCGCGCACCGAUGACCCGGAUUCAGCCCCUAACGGGAAGGGAGUGGUGACGAUCGCGGAUGACCCCACUCAGCACGUGUUCACCGUCAGCAUGCGCGACCUGACGGAGGAGGACUCGGGCUGGUACUGGUGCGGGGUGGAGCUCGGGGGAAUGUGGGUGUCUGACAGCACUGCCUCCCUUCAUAUCAGCGUCAUUCAAGGUAUGUCAGUGGUGAGCAGUAUGCUGAGUGCAGAUGAAGGCAGCAGUGUCACUGUUCAAUGUCUCUACAGUAAAAACCUCAGGUCCAGUGAGAAGCGGUGGUGUCGCAGUGGGAACUGGAACUCCUGCAUGGUGACGGACUCUGAAGGAACAUUCAGCAGCAGAAAAGUCUUCAUCCAUGAUGACAGGAACAGCUUGUUCACGGUGACGAUACAGCAGCUGGAGAUGAGAGACUUGGGCUGGUACUGGUGUGGAGCCGGUCAGCAGCAGGUGGCUGUUCAUGUGUCAGUCACAGCACAAACCACAACACUGAGCACAGCGUCUCCCAUCCAGAAUCUGAAGACAACAGUCAGAAAUCCAUCUGUAAUGAGCUCAAAUGACCCUCACAGUCGUCCUGUUUGGGAGUCUCCUCUUGUGGUGUGUGGGGUCGCGCUGCUGGUCAUCACUGCAUUUUUGGCACUUUGGAAGUUACGGCAACGGUGUAAGAAAAAGCAGAAACAUCGAGGGACAAAUGAAAUGAACGAUAAUCUCACAAUGUGUCCUUGGAGAGAAGGAGACUAUAAGAACGCCUCAGUGAUUUUCCUGAACGCUCCAGCUCAGGCCCAGAUGCUCUGACAGAGGAGCUUCAUGAUGGGAAACACCAAACUCAUGGACAUUCUGAUGCUGAAGGAGAUCUGAAAGGGAACUGAUGGACACUUUGACUCUUUAAGUCUCAUUAUGAAGUCUAAGAGAGUCCUGCAUACUGGAGAAGCUGGAGGCCGGGGUAAUAUUUGACAUUCCUUCACAUGUAACAGUUAAAUGGAAGAUCAUCUUUCAUUUUAAUGCAUAUUUCAUGUCAUGUAUUUCUCUGUAAGCACAAGCCUUAUGAGUGAAUUGUGCUGUUUAAGCAUGUUUUUACCAAUGAGCAGCGGUUAUUCUCAACUAACAGUGCAGAAAAUGUGUGAAAGAUGUGCGAAUGUUUACAGAAGCACUGAGAAUGUGUCCUUAUAUCACUUUUUACCGUAUUAGAGACUAUAUAUCGUCAUGUGUUUUAUCAGCAUAUACUGAAUACUAUCAUAAAUGAUAAAAAAAAACUUUCAUCUGUUAUUAACCUCUGUACAGAAAUAGUGUCUUAUUCACAUCCUGUUUCAAGUCCUAUUAACAUCUUUAUUUGUGGUUGUUUGUCACCUCCUGCAUAUAAAUAAACGUAACUCACUUAAGCAGUGACCCACUCAAGUCGGUCAAUACACAGAAACCUUAAGAGGGAAACGCUUUGAUGUCGAUUGCAUUGCACAUGAAGUAAAUAAUUCUUAUUAGAAUCAUCUUAAAUGUCUCGACCAAGUGAUGCAUAUGUAACUUGUGAUUUUUGCAGCAUUUGCAAUCAAGUAUGACGUUUUAUUGUAAAUCAACUUUUGUGACAUAAGCAACUGAAUAGCACGGAUGCAGGAAGUGAGAGUCUGAGACUAUGAGAACUUUAUAUCAUAUGUGAUAAGCAUAAGAAAGAGAUAAGCUGUAUAACAGAGAUAAGAGACAAGCUGUUUCUGUAGUAUUACCACAAAGAAAAUGUACACGAUGAAGAUGCAGAGUGAACAAACAUUGCGACGUUUUGACAAAAGGACUGUCAGUUUGAAGUUCUUUGUGUUU